ACGGAAGGUGGCGUAGGCCUCUGGUGGGUUGGAUCGACCUGUACCUGGUUGUUGAGAUUCCGGGUGCUGCUCGGUCGUACCCUCAGCUGCUGGAGUUUGGAACAGACCAGGCGCAAAGGUUAUUUGAAGAAAUAAUCUUAGGCUUUGUGGGCUGCAUACAGUUUCUGUUACCCAGACAUGGAUAUUAGACCAAAUCAUACAAUUUAUAUCAACAAUAUGAAUGACAAAAUUAAAAAAGAAGAAUUGAAGCGAUCCCUAUAUGCACUGUUUUCUCAGUUUGGUCAUGUGGUAGAUAUUGUGGCUUUAAAGACUAUGAAGAUGCGAGGCCAGGCCUUUGUUAUAUUUAAAGAACUGGGCUCAUCCACAAAUGCCUUAAGACAGUUACAAGGAUUCCCAUUUUAUGGUAAACCAAUGCGAAUCCAGUAUGCAAAAACAGAUUCUGAUAUAAUAUCUAAAAUGCGUGGCACUUUUGCUGACAAGGAAAAGAAAAAAGAAAAGAAAAAAGCCAAAACUGUGGAACAAACUGCAACAACUGCAAACAAAAAGCCUGGUCAGGGAACAUUAGCAACUAAUGCCCAAGGAAAUGCAACACUAAAUCCUCAGGUCCCUGAUUAUCCUCCAAACUAUAUUUUAUUCCUUAAUAAUUUACCAGAAGAGACUAACGAGAUGAUGUUGUCCAUGCUGUUUAAUCAGUUCCCUGGUUUUAAGGAAGUGCGUCUGGUACCUGGAAGGCAUGACAUUGCUUUUGUGGAAUUUGAAAAUGAUGGGCAGGCUGGAGCUGCCAGGGAUGCAUUACAAGGGUUUAAGAUCACACCUUCCCAUGCAAUGAAGAUCACCUAUGCUAAGAAAUAACAUUUGGGAUAGUCAUCUUUAAGGGACUUGGUGUUAUUUAUGGUGUUUGUUUUGAUAACAUUUGGUCAGGCCAUUUUAUGGUUGGAAGUGAGGAGAAGUAAAACUGAAAAUCUUUUUUUGUGAGAGAUUUAACCACAGCCUUAGUGAACUGUGUAAUAUGAAGGCCUUAAUUUUGUACAAUAAAUUUUUAUUUGUAUUCUGAAUAUUUCAUGCUUUGUUUAUUGUCCUUGUAUUCUGAAUAUUUUAAUUCUUUGUUUAUUGCCCUUGACCUGUCCUGAGAUGCUUAUUCUAAUUUAGAACAUAUCUUAAGCACAUAAAACUAUAAUACAAUGCUUUUCAGUAAUUUUAGAGUAACUAGUGAUAGAGCAAUACAGUCAUUUUAACAAAGGUUAAAGACUAUUAUAUUAAUUUUUAAAAUACAUCAUAAUUAGAGAAAAUGAGACCUGAACAAGAUCUAAAUUUGAUCUUUGUAACCUUCAAGGAAAUGAACAUUGUACUUUGCUAUAGGUAGAGAUUUCAGUAGCCUUUCAUUCAAUAUUUUGCAAAGGUCAUUUAAGAGUAACUACUGUAUUCUAAGAAUACAGAAGGAAAGCAUCUGCUGUCUUUAAAUUUUACAUUUUCCUUCCUGUUGAGGUGACUCUUCCUAAGGAGUAUGUUUUCAUUACUGAAAGACCCCCAAGGGGAGGACUUAACAAUCUAUAAUUUUUUUAGGAUAGGUAGACUAAUUAGUAUUGCCAGUGCUAAUCUUGCUACCUCUUUGUAAUUCUUAAACACCAAUGUUCAGAUAUUCCCAAAGAUCCUUUAGCAAUUUGAUUUAUACUUAAAACUGUGAAUUCCCCUGUUUUAAAGUCAUGAGGAUCUUUAUAAAUGGACAGUUUUUGGAUUUAUGAUAUAUACUAAACCUUAUUUUUUGGCAUUUGUGUUUUAGUAUUUCCUUGGACAAAACCCUAUUGAAUACUUUCAGAAAGGCUGCUUUUGGCCUUAGGUAAAUAGACUCUUAGUGCAUCACUUUUGCAUACACGUUAAGUGGGAAAAAGCAAAAUAAUUUUUUAUUCCUAAAACUACCACAUUUAGAGGUAUCCCUCCUUUGAAUAACUUUUUAACCCUGUUGUCAGUCUUGUGUAACAGUGAAUUACUCCCAGAUGUUACAACAGUACCAGUUGCUGUUAGAUAUUCUGCUUACUCUGAGUCACUACUUGUCUGAUCCCACUUUCAAGUGGCUGUUUUGGAGGAAGUAGAAAGGCCAGUGUGGCCAGAGUGGUGUGAGAACAAGGAAGAAGAAAAAUAUUGGUUAGGAUUGGUCUUUCUAGGGUUUUAUACUGAGUGAAAUUGAGAACUAUUUUAGAGGAUUUAAAAAAAUGAAGUAAAAAAAUUCACCUAUUUUAGUGUCCAUUUGAUGGGUUGGGGAAAUUGUAUAGUCAUGUAAUCAUCAACAAGGUAAAGAGCUUUCUGUUACCCAAGAAAUUUCCUCUUUCCCCUUUGUGGUGAAAUGACCCCUCCUGCUUCAGCCUUGGGCACCCACAAUGCUUUAUAUCUCUGUAGUUUGGCCCUGUCUGAACUGCUUUUGAGAUUGAUCUGUGUUGCACGUGUGAGCAGUUUCCUGCACCAAUAUAUGGGCAUUUGUGUCCCAACCCAGGGCCAUUAUGAAUAAAAUGACAACAUAUGAACU